UUUUGUACUGCUUGCAGAGCCUUGAACAUUCCGGAAGAACUCGGCCAAGUCCAAUAUGUCAUGUCCGACAAAACCGGAACGCUCACAGAGAAUCAGAUGGUGUUUCGCCGUUGCUCACUGAGAGGACGAGAUUUCGGUGGGCAUUCCGUAGCUGCAGCUAUAGACCAACCAGAUGAUCGGCUUGGGCGGCCGCGUCCUUCGAAGGACCGUGGCCUUGAGGCUCUUCUGAGUCGAGCUGUUCGGGAAGCUGAUGUGGACAAUCAGAUAUAUCUGUUUUUUCUCACAAUGGCCAUCUGUAAUACCGUUGUGGUAAACGCAAAACCUCAUGAGGAUCUCAUGGAUCCUGAUGGUGAUAUGAUUGACAUCAGCUGUGAAGAAUCAGAUACUACCACUGAAAGGCUCACGAUUUCACCGCUGAGCGUCAAGUUCCUUGAAGAAGUGGAGGAAGAAGUUCCUUCCGGUCAAAGAUUGAAGAGCCCUCGGGAAAGUAUUGAGCUCAUAGAUCUCCACGACGACAAGGAUGACUCUCCACCAGUGCCAAGUGUUACGGAAAUCGUCUCCAAUGAAAUCAAGGAGAAGAGCUCACAGAAUUCGCUGAAGAGCAUGGCCAGUAUACCGGGUAUCCUGCAUCGACCAUCUCUACUUAGUCUAGCACGUCUCAAAGGAAUCAAAGAGCUUAGCCCGUUCCGAAGGAGGAGUGUAGCAGCGUACAAAGAAAGGAAGAAAGCAAAAGGGAUGUGCAGCGCUGCGAAGCGGAGGUUGCCUGGCUUCAGCAGAUCUGUGGACAAGCGUCAAUCACAGUCUUCAUCUGACACCACUGCUCCACUCCAUUCCUAUUAUGACUCGGAAUCUCCUGAUGAGCUCGCUCUUGUUGAAGCUGCAAGGGAAUAUGGUGUGCGACUGUUGAGGCGAAGAUUCGAUGAAGUGAACAUUCAUAUAAGGGCCAGUGGACAGAUAGUGAAAUACAAGGUUGGAAGUUAUUACUGUGUGAUUCUGCUGAACAAUCUUCAAGGUACCUUCGUUCAGCUACUUCAUACCCUGCCAUUUGACUCGGAUCGCAAGCGAAUGUCCGUGAUUGUACAGGAGUGCACGGGGAAGAAGAGGAUUAUAUUGUUGACGAAAGGUGCUGACGCCAGUGUCCUUCCAAUUCUGGCCAAUGAGUAUAUCACAUCUGAAGUUGGAGAGGAGGAAGUGUUUAAGGCUCAAGAACAUCUCUCCGACUAUGCGAAGGAAGGUCUACGAACUCUGUGCCUGGCAAAGAAGUAUUUGAGUGAAGAAGAAUACCAUGCAUGGCGCGCUCUGCAUGAAGAAGCCGAACUUGAUCCUCAUCAUCGUGAAAAUCUGAUCCGGGAUAGCAUACUGAAAGCAGAGCAAAAUGUCGAAUUGCUAGGUGUGACUGCUAUAGAAGAUCGACUUCAGGAAGGAGUACCUGAAUGCAUCCAUCUUCUACGUGAGGCCGGCAUUUGUGUAUGGCUUUUGACUGGUGACAAAGUUGAAACGGCUGUGAACAUAGCAUUUUCUUCUCGGUUGUUCUCGAGUGCAAUGGACAUUCUAAACGUUGGUGCCAAUGGAGUCCGAUCAGUUUCUGAUUUAUUGGAUGAGCACCUGGAAAGAGUCAACCGAGCAGGUCAGAUCACAGAAGAAGCUGCAUUCGGUCUGGUACUGAACGCUUCAUGCUUGGAUUACUGUUUCGAUCCUCAUAACGAGCAACGCUUCGUACAACUACUCAGAAGUUGUCGCAGUGUACUGUGCUGUCGGGCGACCCCAAUACAGAAGGCUUCGCUGGUAAAAAUGGCGAAAACUCGUCUCGGAGGAAAAGUUCUGGCUAUCGGAGACGGGGCUAACGACGUUUCAAUGAUCCAGUGUGCUGACGUUGGUGUUGGGUUGUCUGGUCAAGAAGGUAUGCAAGCGGUAAUGGCUAGCGAUUUCGCUAUGGCGAGGUUCCGAUUUCUCGCUAACCUUUUACUCGUCCACGGUCACUGGUGUUAUCAACGACUUGCCCAGACAAUUCUUUAUUUUUUCUACAAAAAUGCUAUGUUCGUGUUCACAAUCUUCUGGUAUCAAAUUUUUAACGGCUUUAGUUCACAAGUACCUAUUGACCCUAUUUAUCUUAUGGUAUACAACUUGAUAUUUACGUCAGUUCCUGCUCUUCUUUAUGGCUGCCUGGAGCAGGAUGCUCCAGCGGACAUACUUCUGGAUGUUCCGAAGUUCUACGACCAGGGUCGGCUGGGAAAGAAGUAUCGCUGGUACUCCUUCUGGUUGAAUAUGUUGGACGCCCUUUGGCAGAGCGCUGUCGUUUACUUUCUAUGCCAUUUUACCUACAUCGAUACGGAUUGCGAUAUGUGGACAUUCGGUGUGGUGAUGUGUGCACAGCUUCUUUUUGUGAACACCCUUCAUCUUUGUCUUCUUCUUCAGUACUGGACAUGGCCGAUGUUAUUUUCAAUGAUUUUGUCGGUGCUAUCAUUUUUCGUCUGUGCCUUGCUCUAUAACGGUUUUGUCACACCCGAUUGGACAUGGACAAGUGUGAAGGACACUCCGGUAUAUAUUGCUCAGCAUGCAAUGAUUGAUCCGCUAUUUUGGCUGGUAGUUCUACUGUCUAUUGUAUUAUGCCUGGUACCACGCUUUACUUUGAUUGCCAUCGUGAAUACGAUACGUCCAUCUCGUGUAUUACAACGACGACAACUAUCAAAUGCCGUUGAAAACAAACCACGCCCAUUCUCUGCUCUUUCCUGCUGCUUACGGGUACUAUGUAACGAUGAGAUACGUGUAAAUAAAUCUGAUGAAAUCACCGGUUCACGACAUUUGCCUGAAUAA